GGAGCGGCCGCAGCGAGGAUCCGCCGCCGGCAGCGGGCGGGUGCUAUGGCCCAGGCCAAGAUCAGCGCCAAGGCCAGCGAGGGGGCGCAGCAGCAGCAGCAGCAGCAGCAGCAGCAGUCCGGCGGGCAGCUCCGAGGCCGCUUCUACCGCUCCACCUCCAUGGCGGACCGCUCGAGCCGCCUGCUCGAGAACCUGGACCAGCUGGAGCUCAGGGUAGAGGCUUUCCGUGACGCAGCAUCUGCUAUGGAACAAGAGAAAGAAAUCCUGCUAGAAAUGAUCCACAAUAUACAGAACAGCCAGGAUAUGAGGCACAUCAGCGAAGGUGAGAGAGAAGAACUUAAUUUGACUGCUAAUCGUCUGAUGGGCCGAACCCUCACUGUGGAGGUUUCUGUAGAAACCAUCCGAAACGCCCAGCAGCAGGAAUCCCUACUGCAUGCCACGAAGAUGAUCGAUGAAAUCGUCAAUAAACUUCUAGAUGAUUUGGAAGACGCCAAAAUCCGCUUAAUGUCGCUUUACGGUGCGUGCACAUCUGACGUGCCAGCGGGACCCAUCGAUCAGAAAUUUCAGUCUGUGGUAAUUGGAUGUGCCAUUGAGGAUCAGAAGAAAAUCAAAAGGCGGCUAGAGACUCUGCUCAGAAACUUAGAAAAUUCUGAAAAGUCAAUCACGUUGUUGGAGCAUCAGAAAUCAUCUGUUCGACAGUCUUGCAACAGCAAACAGGAUUAAACUAGCCUCCUGGCUACUUCUGGCAAAUCGCAGGAUGAGCAAAUCUCCAGAAAAAGCACACAGAAGCUAAGAAAAAAAUUCUCUGUACAAGCACACGCGUAUAUACGCAUGCACGCGCACCAAAGCAUCUUUGAUUGCGAGGUGCGAGCAUUUAAUGGGUUUUGGUAGCAUUGGCAUUUUCUUUCAGCAAUAAAGAAUGCUAUCAGUUCUCCUGUA